AUGGCAGAUCGGGGCGGCACCCCGCCUCCCUCUGCCCCCGUGGACCACGGGCGGGAGCCCUGCCCUGACAGGAUCCUCGAUGACGUUGGCGGAGCUUUUGGGAUGGGCGCCGUGGGGGGCGGCCUGUGGCACCUCGUCAAGGGGCUUCGGAACUCGCCCUCCGGGCAGCGGCUGCGGGGAGGCGUAGAGGCAAUUCGACGGGAGGCGCCUCGUCUCGGGGGUAGCUUCGCUGUCUGGGGCGGGCUGUUCUCUGCCUUUGACUGUACACUGGUUUUUAUAAGGCAAAAGGAGGACCCCUGGAAUUCUAUUGGAGCUGGUGCUCUAACUGGUGGUGUCAUACAAUUGAGGAGUGGCCUAAAAGCUGCUGGGCGCUCAGCAGCUUUUGGUGGAGUCUUGUUGGCGAUGAUCGAGGGCUUGGGGAUCAUGCUCACCAAGAUGUCCACUCCUCCCACGCCCCGAAUGGAUCCGAGGAUGGUGGGCGUUCCCCCAAUGGACGUGGGAUUGGCUGCUGGUGGGAUGGGUCCUGGGCAGAUGGGCCUGCCAAUAGGCCAACGGAUGGAAGCCCAAGCAGCCCCUGGCUUUGUGGACGGCUCGCAGUCCAGUUCUGACGAGUCGCAGGCUGGGGAGUCGUGGUCAUCAUGGUUUGGCUGGGGUAAAAAGGCCGACGAGUCCAAAUCGGGCGCGAUGACCGAGGACGGUUUAUACCCACCCCCGUUUCCGAAAGACUUCCAGACGACGGAGCCAUCCUUUCGUUGA